UACGACAUCUCACACGUAAGAUGCAAGAUGUCAACAUCAAACUUGAACUCAAGAAGUAAACGUCACAGAUGAAACGUUUUAGCCUGACUUUGGUGGAAUUAACUAAGAUAACAGGAACACGGAGCCGUAAUCAAAUUAUAUGAUGAACUUUGAUUAUGUUUCAUGCCUCUUGAUUCUAACAUGUGUGAAGAUUCACGUGUUAACUGCCAAAACUGUCAACGGAGUUUUCAGCACCCUCGUAGCCAAAUCAGAAAUUGGACAAUACAUUACGACAUUCUGUUUCCAUGGGAAUGCGCUGGUCACAUUCCAGACGAACACAACCGGCAAUGCACCUCCCACACUGUACAUGUACAUCAGCGAUGACUGGUACGAUGCUGUGGAAGAUCUUGACUGUGAACGGAGACUCGGCAAAGCUAGGAUCUGGCAUGAGUUGAAUACAACAUCAGGCAACUUCACCGUCGCCCACUCCAUCCGUCCACGCAUCUGGCACAUCAUCUACGCCGACAGCUACACGUGCCACCCCGGGCGCCCAACCCCACUUGUGGAACAGCCCAACUUCAUACAGUUUGAGAUUCAGCUACUGAAUCCGGACUCCCUCGGCAACCCCACAGAACACUUUGGUGAUGAGGAGACGGGUUUGCUGCGGUUUUACCAGCUAUUGACCCUAGCAUACUUUGUGCUGGCCUGUAUUUUUGCACCCCGGCUGUGGUCCACGUUGAGUAAAGGUGGGCCGAUGCAGCUAGUCAUACAACUACUCACAGUGUCUAUAUGUCUUCAGACGGUCGGGUCAUUUCUCAUGACUCUGCAUCUCUCCAAGUAUCACCAUGAUGGGACUGGCUCGCCAUUCAAGGAGCUUCUGUCUGAAUUUUUCGAUGUGCUGUCUCAAUUCGCCAUGCUGUACAUGUUGUUGAGUUUGUCCCUGGGAUGGACACUUGCCAGCACCCAUUGCCGCUACUCCCAUCUCAAGGCCAUCAGUCGGAAACCUGCUGCCAAGGUCGUCGCUGUUCUGGCCGUCCUGCAGGGCAGCUUGUUUCUGUGGGAGCAGUACAACGACAGCUACACACGGACGUACCACGCCCACCGGAGCCGGGCCGGGACUGCCCUGGUGGUGCUGCGGAUCCUGCUGGCCGGCUUGUUUGGCUGGAAUCUCUACACAACGAUUAAAGCUGAAAGAAGCACAUUAAAGCGGGAAUUUUAUAGUACUUUUACAAAAGCUUGCAUGUUGUGGUUCCUGUGCUAUCCGGCCACUGUGACUAUAACGUGGAUAUUUCCUGAAUACCUCCGCUCAAAGCUGGUGCUGAUGGGGGUGUUGCUGAGCCAGUCCCUGGCCGGGGCACUCCUGUACAAACUCUUCCUCUCCAGGAGCCUAUACUGGGAGGUGUCCGCACUCUCCAGCGCCCUGCCACUCCGAUUCGAUAAAACCUUCAGCUUGAAGAUGUAUUCUUGACACCAUGCGGUGUAUGUGGUAUUGUCAGUGUCAAACAACGCAUAUGAAACUUGGACAUGUGAUCUUUUCAUUUUCUUAAUGAUGAAGUUAUUGUUUAACAUUCAGCGACAAUUUGAAACCUCAGAAUACCAUGUGAUAACUUUUCAUUUUCAUGAUGAUCAUGCUUGUUUUAUGUUUUAUGUUUUCAUAAAACAGGUCAAACCCAAAUCCGUCUCCUUGAAACAGUUGAUAAAAUGAAUAAUGCUACCAUAUGGAGUGCAUGAUAUUUGUGACAUUUUCACAUUGAUAUUAGCAAUUCUCAAAGUGGAUUGUCAGAAUACACAUUCUUAAGAACAAUAUAAUAUGGCAAUAUGUCACCCCCUUCUGUAUUCUGCGAUUCCGAGGUCGCUGAGUACUUUGCAGAAAUGCGCACUCUGUGCAGAAAUGUAUCUGUUUUGCAGAAAAUCACAAUUUUCUGCAAAACUCGUGCAGAAUAUUGCAUUGACCUGCUGCAGAAUUAAUUCAAUACACUGCAGAAUUUGAACAUGUGAGUGGAAAGCUGCUUUAAAAUGUGUAAACGGAUAUUUUUUUCUUUUUGAAGGGAAGUUGAAUUUUGUGUUAUUGCCUACCGAAAGUGUAUGUCUGUAUGUUUAUACAAGUGAUCUCGAGAUUCACUUCAAUAAGCUGUACUAGCUGUGGAUAAGUGUAUCACAAAAGUACCUGGUGCAAAACAAAUUCACAAAAACUAAGCUAAAGAUUUGCCAGAAUUUUGUGCAGAAUUUACAAAAAUUGUCUGCAUAAUUUUGAUAUUCUUUUGGCUGUGGAAUACAGCGGGGACUGAUGUGUAUUAUUAUAUACUGCAAAGCUUUCCGCCAUGUUUUGGGGCCUAGAAGAAAGAAAUGCAUGUUGACUCCUUUCAAGGAUGGAUAAUUUACGGCAUUUACUCGAGUUACUGAAAAUUACCCAGAAAUGGUAUUGCCGAAACCUGAGACAAUUCUGUAUCUGUCUGUUAGAACCUCCUGAUGUUAUUGUAGCUAAUACAGUUUGAUAGGUUGACCUGCUUUUGUCUCUAUAUUAUAUGAUAAAACAAUUAUAGACUUUACAUCAUGUCAAUACCUGCUUUUUUGGACCCCUCCAAAAUAUAUCGACCUCAGACUUUGUGAUGUACUGACAUUUGUCCUCGGUCCAUGUUACUUUUUAUGGGUCCAUAAAUAGGUAUUGACCUCAUAUUAAGUCUAUCAUCCUACACUGUAGUGUAUACUAUAACAUCAUCAGAACUAUAACUUGACUUCAAGAAGUUUUUCUGGGGAGUUGACCUCUCAUGUAUUUUGAUACAAGACAUAACAAUGGGUGAUAUAUAGAUAUAUCUUCUAGGAAGAUUUACUUAUCAUUUACCUGUCUCUCAAAAUGAAUCUUGUAAGUCCAUAAAACUAUCAGAAGCGAUGUGACAGUGCGCUAGUGGUUAAAGCGUUUGCUUGUCACACAGGUCGGGUUUCAGAUCUCCACAUGUGUGCAAUGUGUGAAGCCCUUCCUUGCAUCCCCGUCGUGAUAUAACACCCACUCAGCACAAUCCACAGUUCCAAGUUUCCUUGUUGUUUUCAAAAUGCUAGAGCUUCACAUUUCAAUAUUCAUUAAAUCAAAACGUUUUCAAUACAACAAUUUCUGACUGUCCCAAACUCAACUCUUGUAAAAUUUCUUUUAACCCUUCUACGGAGGCUGCCAACCCCCUUCUGGUAUGCGGGGGGUCUACAUAGAGGGUAUAGUGGACACAAAUAAAAUCGUUUUUGGUACGCCGAUUCAAAAUUUAAAAAACAUUUUGGUGUACAUACAUUUUCUGACAUGCUUUUUAGAUUUGUGUGAAGUAGUUUUCAGGAUUCAGGGGUGAAAAUGUAGAUGGUACUUGAGAUUUAGGGGAGUGGGGUUACUACCUCCCUAAGUUUAGCUUGUGACAGCCCAAAUGUACUGUGUAAGAUCGAUUGAUGGAGGAACAGACUGUGCUAUUGGACUCGGUAGCCCUGUGUAUUGUCUACAGAUGGUGCUACAGUUUGUUAUUGGACAGUCAUUGUAUUAUGAUAGGCAGCAAGGAAAAGCUGGUCAGUCUUGUUAUCAGGCAAGUUUCGUAUUCGAAAGACGACCAAGAAAGCUAUGAGGAAUUAAUAAAUAGUUUGUACUCGGUUAUUGAUAUCAUUGCGAGAUCAGCAUGGACAAUCAAUAUGGGGUUAAAUGUGAAUCGAUGCCAAAUUAAGUGUAUGGGGUAUCGUAUCGUGCAACGUUUGCUGAUGAUGCACCAGAGUACCGGUGAAUUGCGACAUUUAUAAUAAUCACUUUAGUAUGUUAAUAUAAUAUUACACAACUUUUAAGUUAAAGACAAGAACAAGUUGUCAGGAUAGCAGUUUACUAUCAAGAUGCAAGUGACUGAUACCAUAUAUCGGUGUAUGGUCUCUGGCCAAGGUGUUCAGUUUAGUGCUACAGUGAAUACACUUUCAGUAAGAUCACAGAGUGUCUGCUUGAUGUAGGAAACAUCCUGAAAUCACUUUGGUAAACCCACAAAAUGACUUUGUUGCUGACAAACCAAAAAACAUAAUCGCAACAAACAACAUUGUUUGUUGUUCCUGGUCCCGGGACUGGUGACAUCAUUCAGCUCAUGGGGGUCAGUUGUCUAAAUUUCCUCAACUAUUGUACAGGGUCUGUUGACCUGGGGUUUGAAUCCCAUAUUUGCCCGAUCUUGGUCUUUGGUUUGUCAAGUAAACGUCUGUGACCUGCAACUCUUCUGACUUUUCCUCCCCCAAUGAGUGAGUGAGUAUGAUUUUACGCCACCUUUAGCAAUAAUCCAGCAACACCAGAAAUGGGCUUCACACAUUGUACCCAUGUGAGGAAUUGAAUUCGGGCCUUGGGCGCGACGAGCAAACGCUUCAACCACUAGGCUACCCGACCGCCCCUCCCACAUGAAACUGACAUGCAGUGUUAUGACAUUAUACAGUGAAAAACAACUCACCCACUCACUCAUUUUCAAGAGGGGGGAUCGAAUCGAGAAUUAAAAAAUCUUAUAAUGAUGAGAUUGAUCACUGACUGAACCCUAUAAACUUACUUAUCGAUGUUGCAGGCAAACCCAAUAUGGCAAACCUACGGAGAUUUAUAUCACUAUGUAUCCAUGCCCCCAGGGCAAGCUUCUUGAUCGUAAAAUGUCUGAGGAUAAUAAUGCAGUGCUGAUAUUAUUUAAUUCUUGAGAGAUGUGUUACAGUGUUAUUCAACUUUAGAACUGCCCCUUUAAUGAUUAAUAGACUUCUUCCAUUGUGAAGUGGAUAGAGCGUCUCAUUAGUUGCAUCAUACCGUAAGACGUUGAAAGAUGGUUCUUAUUGUUGGGAUUUAGGGGAUAAUACAAGGACUGGUUGGCUCAGGGUAUAGUGUAUCUGAAUCGGGUAUCCAUGUUAAACUGUAGCCUAAAAUUUUAUUUAUCUUACAACUGUACUGUGGGCCAUGUGGCCUGAAUUACGAAAUAGACUUGACUUGACUUGUAGCAUGGUAUCUUAAGUGUGCUGGCUCAAUAAAAUCAGCGUCAGUCCAAAGUGAAAAACAUCAGUGAUGAAGAUGGUUUGUAAUCUCAUCAUCGGCUGAGUACAGGGUAUCCUUCCACACAAGUUAUUUAGGGCCAAAUAAGGGAACUGUCUUGAUUCGCUCACCUCAAAUUGCUGCUGCCCAAUGAUUCAAAAUAGAUUAUAUAUCAGUUCUGAAAUUAUGGGUUUUACAUCACAACGUACCGGGGUAGGUAAAAUUCAGACAGCCUAGUGCCAAAAGCUAUUUUGUUAUUUUCAAGAAACCAAGUUAAUUUUUCUUGUAAUUAAUAAGAUCUGUGGACAUAUGAACAUGAUACAGUUAAUUCCUUCUGCCCAACUAGUAAACAUAAAGUUGAUAUGAAACAUAUUUUGUUUACUUGGUUGCAGCCUACAAUAGAUUAUCGGAUUUGUUUGAUGUGGAUAUGGAUGGAAUGUGCAAUUUGUGAACAGUGAAGCAUUUUGAGGUGUAAUCUCCGCUGCCUGCAAUAGGAGUGAGUGAGUGAGUGAGUUUGGUGUUACGUUGCUUUUAGCAAUAUUCCAGCAAUAUCACGGCGGGGGACACCAGAGAUGGGCUUCAAACAUUGUACCCAUGUCAGGAUUCAAACUCGUGUCUUCGGUGUGACGAGCAAACGCUUUAACCACUAGGCUACCCAACCGCCCUGCCCGCAAUAGGAUCUGAAGCCAUUAUUCAUACACCACUGAUGGCCACAUCAUUGCAUCAAGGGGAAUAAUCUGCCUCAGCAGGAGUGGGGAAAUCUUAAAACAACAUUCACUCGACCCAAGAGCAUGUAUACAGCUUACACAUGAAAAUGUGGGAAAAUAAUGUUUCCCAACCAUCCUCAAUUAUCAAGCUUAUUAUUAUAUCCCAUUUUUCCAUUGUAAUGGGGAUGCUGGAUAAUCGAAGACGCACCCAAGAUGAGCUGACAGAUAAAACGGAAUAACUGUUAUUAGGAAAAGAUUUCUCACAAAAUGUGUUAAAAAAUUCAAAAAUAUGUUGUCAGGAACAACAAUAUGGUUUCCCACAAGUGGUGCGAUGCUUUCUUCCUUGAAUGUUAGCAGAUAUAUAUGUCCUUAUCUCACACAUUAUUUGUCAUAUUAUUGUCAUAUCAGUUAAUAUUGGUUGUUAAUUAUUUACUUUGCAUGUUUUCAAACUUUGCAGCAUGUGUUUAUGAUAUUUGUGUUUGAUAUUUAAGAUUUUUAUACAAACAGGUAAUCUAGGUUGUGUUUGCUGGAAAUAUUGAAGCUGUUCAAAAUAUGGUGCAUGGAAGUUCUAAUGUAAGCCUAGACCAGAUAUGGUGUUUGUGUUAUAUUGUGUUUGUUUGUUGUAUGGACAAGUCUUCAAUAUUUUUGCCGAACUGAAAAAAAUGUGUAUUAUUAAUGUUUACCUGUAUCUCAAAGCCUGACAAGUUGAUUAUUUAUUUGUAAGUGAUGUAGUUACCUUCUUGCUUGAUUAUGUUUAGCUGAAGACAAAGCAUCCCCAUGAAGAUUAUAUUCACCUGUUAUCACCUGUGUUAUCAUUAAAUCAUUUAUUGUCAAAAUAUUCUGAGGCUGUUGGUAGACAAUGAGUCCCAUGUUGAGAUUCAAAACAAGGACCAAAUAAAAUUAAUUACAUUUUAUUUUUAUGAUGAAAUUGUCAUUUCAGUUAAAUGAAACAACAUCAGCUACUCCAUUGGGACAAAACAAGGCUCACUAACAAAUAAUCAGUCAUGUUCUUGUAUGGGCCUUGUCAUGUUUUGAUGGUUGCCAUGGCGAGGUCGUAACAGUAGCACCUUCACAGACAUGACUGAUUCUUGCAUGACUAGACCGCCUGAAAUAUUAGUGCUCUUUAAAUAAUUCGUUGGUAGAUGUAUCUAAACUGCACAGUGCCUUGGGGAUUCAAUAAAAAUGUAUUUGAUAAAUAGUUCAUGCUGUUUGCUUAAUAUCUUUGUUUCCCAUCUGCCAAACCAGUAAAACCUGCAUGGUGAUGGAUGGUCAGUACCAGUUACAGCCAAAGGUGUGGAGUUGUGUCCCCUUAGCUUCCAGGAUCUUCUGUUUGUUGGACUUACACUGUGAUCCUUUUUGGUUCACCUACAACCUCGUCCUUGAUUUUUCAGUGUAUCAUACCUUCAUUCUAUAUAUUGAUAAAUAACCUGGACCUGUUUGCUGUCAUUGAUUUGUUUGGGUAGUGUCACCGUCAUCUCCAUCUCUCAUGUCUGGAACAUCUCUCAGAUUGUUUUAAAUCGAUCACCAAUAUUAAGAAUGUGCUCCUGUGUAUUAAGAUGUGACAAAAGUCCUCCACUGUCUGAACUUGGAGGUUUGGAAGGCUAUUCAUUGCGUGUUAUUCGGAUCAUACUCAAAAGGAAGCUAUGGGUCAGGGUGUUAAUAGCUUUUACACAUUAUUCAGCAACUUAAGUACUUGCCCGAAGCCCGAGUCUAGUAAAUUUAUGUUUGGUCUAGUAAAUUCAGCUAUAAUAGUUCAUAUAACAUAUAAAUCUUCUAAAAAUCAUGCCUUGAGCCCCAACAUAUUUAGCACGGAACAUGCCUACGAGGUGGUCCUGCAAUUGUACUUCUAAGCCAAGGAACUUGUUUCAGUUAACAGCUGGUUGUAUAUUCUUUGGGAUGUGUCAAGUGUUGUACCUUAUUGUGUUGCUGUUGAUUGUAAGAUAUUGGUACAUUGAACUUUAAUGACAUAGGAGUUGUAGGUAACAUCAAAUCCCGGCUGUAUUCCUAUGCUGAUGGCCUCCUAUGUAUACCGGUACAUAUUGAUCCACUUUUACAGGCCACCUCCAGGUUCCCAGGGUACAUCAAGUUGAGAACACGUCCGAUGGAUGUGUCCUCUUGUGAAGGUCCUUGUGUACCUGUCCCCAUGUCAACAUCCUAGUGUCAUGCACAUGUCCAUUAAUGGCCCCAUGUCAAAGUCCUAGUGUCAUGCACAUGUUCAUUAAUGGCCCCAUGUCAAAGUCCUAGUAUCAUGCACAUGUCCAUUAAUGGCCCCAUGUCAAAGUCCUAGUGUCAUGCACAUGUCCAUUAAUGGCCCCAUGUCAAAGUCCUAGUGUCAUGCACAUGUCCAUUAAUGGCCCCAUGUCAAAGUCCUAGUGUCAUGCACAUGUCCAUUAAUGGCCCCAUGUCAAAGUCCUAGUGUCAUGCACAUGUCCAUUAAUGGCCCCAUGUCAAAGUCCUAGUGUCAUGCACAUGUCCAUUAAUGGCCCCAUGUCAAAGUCCUAGUGUCAUGCACAUGUCCAUUAAUGGCCCCAUGUCAAAAUCCUAGUGUCAUGCACAUGUCCAUUAAUGGCCCCAUGUAAAUGUCCCAAUGUCUAGGACAUCUAUUGUCCAUUGAAGUUUCCAUGUGAACAGCCUGUUCAACAUCCACACGAUGAUGUUGACAGCCUCAUAUACAUGUCAUCCCCCAUGUCCACAUUUGAUUUCCAUGUCCCCAUGUACUUGUCCUCACAUCCACGUCCUCAUGACCACUUCCCAAUGAGAAUGUCCUCACAAUGUGGCCAUGUACAUGUCUUCACAUCCCCACAUCCUCACCCCAUGUACACAUUGUCUGACAUGACUGACUGCUGUACUGCAGGACUGUUUCCUAUGGUUGUUGCCUGUCUAUAUUUAAAUAGAAAUAAAAAUCUAUUUUACAUGA